AUGCACGCCGACGGCCGCGCCGCCGCGCCCGGCGGAGAUGCCACCACCGACCCUUCCUCGCCGUACUUCAUCGACGCCGCCCACCCGUACGCGGCCGCCGCCGCUUCCGCGCUCACCUCCCACCGCGCCAAGUCCAAGUGGUCCCAACUCGCCUCCCUGCCGCUCCCCGACCCCCUCCCCGCGUCCGCCGUCUCCGCCGUCCUCCUCCUCCUCCGCCACCGGCCCCACGUAGCGCUCAGCUUCCACCAGUUCGCCCUCCGCCGCCUCCUCCCAUCCCGCUCCCCGCCCCCGCUCAUCCUCUCCGCCUCCGCCGCGCACGUCGCGGCCGCCUCCCGCCUCCGGCGCGCGGCCAUAUCCGUCCUCUCCUCCGCCACCUGCCACUACUCCCCCUCCCAGAUCUUCAACGCCCUCGCCGCCACCUACCGCCGCUUCGCGUCGGCCCCCUUCGUCUUCGACCUCCUCCUCCUCGCCUACCUCCGCUCCCGCCGCGAACCCCUCGCGGCGGCCUCCAUCGCCCGCCGCUACCUCGCCUCCGGCGCCUGCCCCCUCCCCUCCACCGUCGCGCUGCUCUUCCGCUCCCUUCCCUGCGCCGAGUCCGCCCUCGAGAUGUACCACCAAAUCUACACGCGUCCGGGUCCAAGAACCAACCGCGUGCUCCAGCCGACGGCGCAGACCUUCAACUCCCUCCUCCUCGCUGUCUACCGCCAUGGCAAGUGCCAAGAUUUCGACAUUGUGCUCGACGAAAUGGACAGGUACUCCUGCAAGCACAAUGUGGGCACUUACAACAUUCGGAUGGCCGCGUGCUGUGAUGACAGGGAUAUGGAGAAGGCGCGAGGAUUGUGGGAUGAGAUGGUUCAGGGAGGGAUCCAACCAGAUGUCACCUCAUACAACACGAUGAUUGGUGGGUAUUGUGCUGCCGGGGAGGUGGGGAUGGCAGAGGAGAUGUUCAAGGACAUGGAGAUUUGUGGGAUUGAGCCAAGUGUUACAACAUUUGAGUGGUUGGUUAGAGGGCAUUGUAGGACAGGGGAUGUUGAUGCUGCGAUGCUUGUUCGUGUAGACCUCAGAAGGAGGGGAUUUGGUAUGGCGGCGGAGGUUGUCGAGGAGAUGGUUGAUAGAUUGUGUCAGAAGAGGAGAGUUGAGGAGGCGUUAUGUAUUUUGAGGGCAGAGAUGAAGAGGGAAGAGUUCACACCGAGUCGGGGAAGCUAUGAGGUGCUGAUAAGGGGAUUUUGUGAGAAAGGGGAAAUGGAGGUGGCGAUGAGACUCCAGGCAGAGAUGGCCGGGAAGGGAUUCAAAGCCGGAGCUGAGGUAUACCAUGCUUUUGUCCGCGCUUAUGAGAAGGAUGAGGACCACGAGAUGGUUGAGAGGUUGAGGAAGGAAAUGGCAGCGAUAGGCAUUGAGGAUGGCAGUGACCUGGAAUGUAUGCAAUGA